CAGACUGUAAAGAAGGAUUUGGAAGGAGGACAGAAGCUCAGUAAUAGUGUUGGGGUUCAGAAUGAUACUAGGAUACUGGGAUAUCAGAGGGUUGGCUCAUUCUAUCCGUCUCCUGCUUGAAUACACAGGCACACAAUAUGAAGAAAAAAAAUAUAUAACGGGGGAUGCCCCCAAUUAUGACAAGACUCAGUGGCUGGAUGAAAAAGAGAAGCUGGGACUGGACUUCCCCAAUUUACCAUACCUCUUGGAUGGUGAUGUGAAGCUUUCACAAAGUAAUGCAAUCCUUCGCUAUAUUGCACGCAAGCACGGACUUUGUGGAGAGUCAGAAAAAGAAAAGAUGUAUGUUGAUCUAAUAGAAAAUCAAACCAUGGAUUUUCGGAUGGGUCUUGUUGUAAUUGCUUACAAUCCUCAAUUUGAAACACUGAAGGGGCCAUAUUUAGAAAAGCUGCCUAUUGCUUUGAAAAGAUUCUCUUGCUUUCUAGGAGACAGAUCCUGGUUUGCAGGCGAUAAGAUCACUUUUGUCGAUUUUGUGGUGUAUGAUGUCCUGGACCAGCAUCAGAUUCUAGAACCAACUUGUCUGCAGAAUUUUAAGAACUUGCAGGACUUUCUAAAACGAUUUGAGGCUCUCCCUGCUAUUGAUGCUUACAUGAAGUCCUCACGCUUUAUGAAGAUGCCCCUAAACAACCGCAUGGCGUCCUGGGGCAACAAAUAGGGCACUAUACAGAUGGAAGACCUCUUCUGUUUUACACCAGAACAUGUUCACAAGUCAUUAUUUCAGCGUUUUAUUUUUUCUGUAAUCAUCAGAUCACCUUGUCUCUCCCCUCCCUGGUGUCAUUAUGGUUGGUAACUUGAUUUACAAUAAAGCCAACAGAGUGAAAAGAA